UGUAAAAAAAGACGUAAACAGCAAAUAAAAAUUAAACAAUCGCGUUUCUAACGAAAAAUACGCGUUUGCGCGUAUGUACACAGAUUAGUUUGAUGGAAAAUGUUUACAUGUGUUAUUGUUUUUACGAACUGCGAUGUGUCACGACUACUGGCCGUUCGGAGGAUCAAACUCUUGAAUGAUGUAUCCGAAACGUUCGCACGAGGUUGAAGUUUAGUUCAGCGUGCGAGAGAAAAUUCUUUAACACUUUGACGUGGUGUGUUAAGGUCAUAUUCCGCUGUGGAAUUUAUAUAUAUAUAUAUAUAUAUACACGCACAUAUAUGUAUAUACAGAAAAAUUGAUAAAAAAUUGGUUAUUUGGCGGUUACAUAUAUUUUAUACCUCAAAAACUCAACGCUUCCUCUGCGAAAUUGUUUUCAGAAAGAUCGCAUAUUUUGCAAGACCGGAGAAAUGUGCACAGGUGUAAACAGAAGUGUCGAAUUACAAACGUAAAAAAUUGAAAAAGAAAACGCGAUCCUUAUCUGAACGUGUUACGAUUAACAAUUGGAUAUUGAAGAUUUUAUAAUGUAGAGAAGUAUCUGAGAUCACAUUCUUUUGUACUCACUUGAACUGAAUGAGAAAAAAGAGAGUGAAGAUAAAAAAUUGAAGUUUGCUUAACGUUUUUAUCUGUGUAGUGAGAAAAAAAAUAUGCGAGUGUCGUGGAGCUCAUCCAAUCCUAAUCUAACUUGAUAAUAUUCAACUUGACCCUAUUUUAGAAUCGCUUUUAGAAUCAGUUUUGAUAGUUUCGUUUUUGGUUUUUUGUUUUGCAUCAUCGGAAUUGAGAAGCAACAAUGGAAUCUGUAUCUAACAAAGACGAACAAAACAAUCAAGAGGAUUCCGAUUCUUCAGAAAUAGAUGAAAUAGAGCCCAGAUUGAAAUAUGUCAGAAUACGCAAUGAUCUGGAACAUAUUCUUCAGAAUGAUGCAGCUAGUUGUAUCGCUGUACAUCCAAAGUUCCUCUGUCUGGGAUCACACUGGGGAAUGAUUCAUCUUUUGGAUCAUCAAGGAAACAAUGUGAAAUCUAAAACACUGCAAGCACACACAGUGGCGGUAAAUCAGAUUUCCAUAGACCAAAAUGGAGACUUUAUUGCUUCUUGCAGUGAUGAUGGAAAAGUUUUUAUUUAUGGAUUAUACAGCACAGAGAAUAAUCAUAACAUGAGCAUGGGUAGACUAGUCAAGAGUAUAGCAAUUGAUCCGAAUUAUUAUAAGAACGGCAGCGGCAGAAGGUUUAUCACAGGCGAUGACAAACUCGUGCUUUAUGAGAAAACUUUUCUGGCCAGAAUGAAGCCAACGAUACUUUGUGAAGCCGAAGGUGGUGUUAGAUCUGUUGCAUGGUGCGGUCGUUUUGUGGCAUGGGCAUCCGAUACAGGCGUGAGAGUUUAUGAUCUUGACGCCAAGUGUUCAUUAGGACUCAUUAAAUGGUCCCGUACAGCAGACGCAUCGCCAGAGCACUACAGGUGCAAUUUGCAGUGGUCGAAUGAUAAGACAUUGCUGAUCGGAUGGGUGGACAUUGUGCGCGUUUGUCACAUCAGGAAACGCACCAUGCAAGAGAUGAUCAAUCGGGAUUUACCUGAAUUUGUAGUGGAUCCAGUGUCAACGUUCCAAGUAGAUUUUUAUAUAUCCGGUAUAGGACCGCUAGGAAAUCAGCUGGUAUUGCUGGGUUGUUUAAAGGAACCGGACGAAGAUGGAAAGAAUCAACGUCCAACCUUGCACGUGGUUGAACCAAAGUAUCAAGAUUUCUCAGUGGUGUGUGCGAAUUCGCUUACUCUACGCGGCUACAAAGAAUACAGCUGCAACGAUUAUCACUUAGAUUGUUUGAAGGAAGAAAAUAGGUUUUUUAUCGUAAGUCCGAAAGACAUCGUAGUAGCUAGUUUGUAUGACACAGACGAUAGAAUAGAGUGGUUGUUGAAUCAUGGCAAGUUCGAGCAAGCCUUAGAAGCGGUAACGACGAACAACGGCAAGGAUUGUAAGAGGCACACUGUAUUAGACGUCGGGCGUAUUUAUCUGGAUCAUUUAUUGGCGUGCGAAAAGUACGACGAGGCUGGAAAACUGUGCCUCAAAGUUUUAGGACGGAACAAAAAAUUGUGGGAAGAAGAGGUUUAUAAAUUCGCCAGGGUACAUCAGCUGCGCUCAAUCUCGUCCUACUUGCCUCGAGGUGAUGUCACUCUCGAUCCGCUCAUCUACGAGAUGGUUUUGUAUGAAUAUCUGAAGAUGGAUCCCGACGGUUUCCUGCAACUAGUCAAAGAGUGGUCCCCGAGUUUAUAUACGGUCGCGGCCGUUGUCAAUGGCGUACUGGAACAUCUAUUGGUCCACAGUCAACGGCAAAAUGUAUUAUUGGAAGCCUUAGCUAUUUUAUACAUUCACGACGGCAAGUACGAUAAAGCGCUCGCCAUGUACUUGAAGCUGCGGCACAAAGAUGUCUUCCAAUUAAUCCAGAAGUACCAGUUGUACAAUUCGGUGUACGACAUGAUCGAGGGUCUGAUGGAUCUCGACACGGAGCGUGCCAUAGAGUUUUUUCUGGAAAAGGACAGAGUGCCGUCUGAUGUUGUUGUACAAAAGCUGCAGCAUAAUCAUCGUUAUUUAUAUUUGUAUUUAGAUGCCUUAGACAAGAAGGACAUGAAGGACUCGAAAGGCAAAUAUCACGGGUUGCUGGUGCGAUUGUACGCCGAUUAUUCGAGAGAUAAGUUACUGCCUCUUCUACGCCGCUCGGAUAAUUAUCCGAUACAACAAGCUUUGGAUAUAUGUAGUCAACGCAGAUUUUAUCCGGAAAUGGUGUACUUGCUAGGCAGAAUUGGAAAUACGUCAGAGGCUCUGGCGCUUAUGACGAGAGAACUCAACGAUAUGGAGAGCGCGAUCGCAUUUUGUCAAGAACAUGACGAUGAGGAAUUGUGGAACGAUCUAAUCAAUUAUUCACUUGAUAAGCCCAAGGCUAUCACAUUUCUUCUCCAAAAGAUCGGCACUUACGUCGAUCCCCGGCUCAUGGUACAAAAGAUAGACCCUACCUUGGUGAUCAUAGGAUUAAAGAAAGCGUUGGUCAAGAUGAUGUGCGACUACAAUCUGCAAGUGUCCGUGCAGGAAGGUUGCAAAAAAAUACUAUCCAACGAUUACUUCAAUCUUCACGAACGACUUGUUCGUUGUCAUCAGAAAGGCAUAUUUGUCGACGAUGACCAAAUGUGCGGAGCUUGCCAUAGGAAGAUUAUUGUAAGAGAACCACGAAAUAUGGUUGUAUUUUAUUGCAAGCACUGUUUUCACGAAGAUUGUCUAUCCGACUUUGAAUUAGUCGAGAAUUGUGUGAUAUGCAACUCGCAGAAACAAAUUACACAUGGAAGGAAGUGAUGAAAUUUGGAUUUAAAUCGAAUGACGUGCAAUAUCCAAGACACACUCGAGGUAUCAUGUUUCACUGUGACUGAAAUUUCGUUUGCGGUGCGAUAAAUAAAUAAAUAAAUUUUUAUAUAUAAUAAUAAAUAGAGAGAAAGAGAGAAAGAAAAAGAGAGAUGAAAAAGAGAAAGAAAAAAAAGAGAGAGCGAGAAAGAUUAAAAACCUCAAAGAAUCCUUCAUAUCCUUGAAAAAAAAACAAUAACUAGGAUAGGAAAUAAUAUAAGAUUUUAAAUAUACCCCUAAAUAUACAUAUAAAUGUCAGACAACAUUCACGAAUUUCA